GGUGUAUCCCCCGAUUGAUCUGACAAAAAAACCACGGAGAAAGUCAAUCGCGCCCAAUUCCCCUGUCAUUCAAACCGUUCCAUCACCAUAUAUCCCCUAGUCCUCUCUUCUCUUCGCUUCCCUUCUUCCCUUCCAACGUUGUUGGCUUUGUCUUUCUUCCCGUCAACUGGUCGAUGGUCGCAGCUUUAGGUGCACUUUUAAUAUUAAUUAGGUAAGCGUCCAAAUAUUACAUAAUACGCGUUGAAUAGUUCAUCCUUUCCGGUCCCAGAAUGGACUAGCGUUGCUUAUUAAUCACAUCAUGUACCAAGGAAGUCCCGAAGUUUAAUUCUCCCACCAAAAACACGUGACAAACUCAAAUUUCAUGACUUUCAAGCUACUUUUCGCGAUGACGAUGAAGCUGAAGACAUAAAAAGCGACAUGACGAUGCGGAGAUGAGAAGACAAGCAGGCUGAGAAGAGUCUGACAGUGGUCAGUGAUGGUUUUUCUUUCCUCCUUUGUCUCCAUGACUUCUUAUCUUCGGCGGCUGGUAAGCUUCCGACUUGGCCGCAGCCGACGUUGAGUGCAGCAGGAAAUUCCCUCCCACCAAGAAAAACAAACUAUAUAAAGAUAAGAGCUUCAUCACCUGGAGGCACAUCACGGCUGCCCGGUUAGUCUCGAAGAGCACCUGAGCCCCAACUGAAUAAUCGGAGGACGACAUUACAUACCCUAAGACCGUGAUCUUUACAGUGACACACACCGCCCGCUGAACAAGAGACCAAGAUGGCUGCCCCUACGCCAGUGGCAGCUCCGGCUAAGCAGCGCCGCAUCGCCGUUCUAACUAGUGGGGGGGAUGCGCCUGGAAUGAACGGGGCCGUGAGAGCCGUUAUCCGCAUGUCGAUUCACUGUGGUUGCGAGGCCUACGCUGUUCACGAAGGGUACGAUGGUCUGGUGCAGGGAGGGGACUACUUUAGGCAAAUGUUCUGGGAGGACGUCCGGGGAUGGCUGUCUCGUGGAGGAACAUUGAUCGGGUCUGCAAGGUGCAAGGCCUUCAGAGAGCGUGAGGGGAGGCUAAAAGCCGCUAAGAAUAUGGUUAUUCGUGGGAUUGAUGCCCUUAUUGUGUGUGGCGGUGAUGGCUCGCUGACUGGAGCUGAUAUCUUUCGCUCCGAGUGGCCCGGUCUACUGGAAGAGCUGGUGAAGAAUGGAGAGCUCAGCUCAAAACAGAUUGAGCCCUUCAAGUCGUUGAAUAUUGUUGGGCUGGUGGGCUCUAUUGAUAAUGAUAUGUCCCUAACGGAUGCUACCAUUGGCUGUUACUCGUCCCUGCACCGGAUUUGUGAGGCUGUGGACGAGGUUUUCGAUACGGCCUCUUCCCACCAGCGGGGUUUCGUUAUAGAGGUCAUGGGUAGGCAUUGUGGAUGGUUGGCAUUAAUGUCUGCCAUCAGUACCGGAGCAGAUUGGCUAUUUAUUCCCGAGAUGCCUCCCCGAGACGGCUGGGAGGAUGAUAUGUGUGAUAUCAUCACUCAGAACCGACGAAGAGGUAAACGACGAACUAUUGUUAUCAUUGCUGAGGGUGCCCAGGACAGUCACCUUGAAAAGAUCACGUCCAAUAAGGUCAAAGAUAUUCUCAGUGAUCGGCUGCAGCUCGACACUCGAGUCACUGUUCUAGGGCAUACACAACGAGGGGGCGCAGCCUGUGCCUAUGACCGAUGGCUGGCCACACUCCAGGGCAUUGAAGCUGUCAAGGCUGUCCUGGAAGCCAAGCCAGGUUCCCCUUCGCCAAUCAUCACUAUACGAGAGAACAAGAUCGAAAGGACCUCCUUAGUAGAGGCUGUAAGGGUUACGAAAAGUGUCUCCGAGGCCAUAGCGAAGAAAGACUUUGCUACUGCCAUGGCACUGCGUGACUCUGAAUUCAUGGCUCUCCACAGAGCAUAUAUCAACACUACCACACCACACCAUCCAAAACUACUCCUUCCGGAAGCGAAGAGAAUGCGUAUUGCUAUUAUUCAUGUCGGAGCUCCAGCUGGUGGAAUGAACCCAGCUACUCGAGGUGCCGUAGCGUACUGUCUGGCUCGCGGCCACACCCCCAUUGGAAUCUACAAUGGCUUCCCAGGUCUCUGUAGGCAUCAUGACGAUAAACCUCUGGGCUCUGUGAGAGAGGUCAAAUGGCUCGAGUCUGACUCGUGGGUCAACGAGGGUGGCUCUGAAAUUGGUACUAACCGUGGCCUCCCAUCAGAGGAUAUGGAGACCACUGCAAAAUGCUUUGAGCUCUAUAAAUUUGAUGCCUUAUUUGUCAUCGGCGGCUUUGAAGCAUUCACUGCUGUAAGCCAAUUGCGAAAAGCAAGAAAGGACUAUGAUGCCUUCAAGAUCCCGAUGAUCCAGCUACCUGCUACUAUCUCCAACAACGUUCCUGGAACAGAAUACUCCCUGGGAAGUGAUACUUGUCUCAACACCCUGGUUAACUUUUGCGAUGUCAUUAGGCAGUCAGCUUCCUCCUCUCGACGUCGAGUGUUUGUUAUUGAGACGCAAGGAGGACGAUCUGGUUACAUUGCCACCAUCGCUGGGUUGUCCGUCGGCGCAUACGCAGUGUAUAUCCCUGAAGAGGGUAUCAGUAUCAAGAUGCUUGCCAACGACAUCGAGAAUCUACGAAAAAGCUUUGCUACCGAUCGCGGUGCCAACCACGCCGGCAAGAUCAUCCUACGCAACGAGCGUGCCUCCGCCACAUACACCACCCAAGUGAUAGCCGACAUGAUCAAGGAAGAGGCUAAGGGACGAUUCGAAUCCCGCUCCGCUGUCCCAGGUCACUUCCAGCAAGGCGGAAAGCCCUCUCCCAUGGACCGUAUCCGCGCCCUUCGCAUGUCUCUUAAAUGCAUCCAACAUUUUGAAGAGUAUGCUGGCAAGAGCCCGGACGAGAUCGUAGCAGACGACAUGUCUACUGUCGUCAUUGGCAUUCGAGGUAGCGAGGUGGUCUUCAGUCCGCUUGGUGGUAAGGACGGGCUGGAAGCGACUGACACUGACUGGGAGCACCGGCGGCCCAAGAACGAGUUCUGGCUCAAAUUCCGGGAGAUGGUCGAUACUCUGAGCGGCCGACCUGACGGCCACCACAAGACGGACGAUGCAUGAGACUGGACUGAAUGACUCUUUUUCCUUUUCGUCUCUUCCUCUUCUUUCCUUCUCCUGUAGCAAGUUCAAAAUGUCAACUCUCGAAUAUAUGUUCACGUUAAGAAGCCAAGGACAUGGUGAUAUCAUCUCUCGUAACCCUAGCUGCGAUCUGCGCGCCAAUCGGCUCAGUUCCUAGCGAAUCCACCAUGUAAACUCGUCGCUAGUGGAAUAAAUAUCUGAACGAAGUCUUCUCGUCCGUUCUGACAUCGAACACGACACAGACAAGACUGCUGAUGCCGAUAACGGCUUAUGCUGAUCUGUGACACCGUCGCUAGAUGACAGUGGGAUGACGUUGAUUUGGCAGCUUUUAACGGUAAAAGCCAUCAAAAACGAUGCAUAGGUAUAACCAUCUCGGGUUUACCGUUCAUUCUGUG